CCGGGCAUCCUCAAUCUCCAUCUCCGUAUUGUUACGACUCUCCUUGACACGAAAACAGUCAUCAUGCGCAAAUCCUUCGUUGGGCUUGUACUUGUCACUAUCUUUCUACUCGCAUCUCGCUCGGCCACACUGAUGGUCCUCCCGGACUGCGCGCUCUCAACCCCGAGUAUGACAACAAGCAACGGGCCCGCGCACUCCGCGCUCACGAUUGAGAGUUCACCGCUCGGAGAAGUCAGUGAGACGCUGCAGAAGGAGGAGCUGGAUGCCACACUUUGUGACACUGGACCAGCCGCAACCCCCGACCCCAACACCGCGAUGACCCCCAGCACUUCCGGAGGCCUGUCGAAACGAACGGUGUUCGAGAUGGCCGCAGCGCUUUGUGCGUCCACUCCUCGUUCCCUCUCUGACUGAUGACGGUAAUCCGACUCCAGUCCUGUUUAUAUCCAUCGUCACCGCGUGCAUCGCAUUAGGUGUCAACCCCCGUCGCAUGCGCGCCCAUCCGCCUGUGCAGCCAGUCGCUGGGCAUCCUCCACAGGUUUCACACGCACCGAUACCUCUGGCCGUCAUCCCGAAUCGCCUUGCACACGCAACGGUCGGAUUCGGCUACUCUGUGCGGGAGUAGCGUCGAUGAUAGAAGCUGCUCGGCACUCACAGUCAAGCUGCUUCGA